UGUGUGCGUCUAUGCAGAAUUUCGAUAUAGUACAUAUUAUGUAGCCUAACAGUAAAUCCGACGCAAAGCCUUCGCGUUGCACAACGCUUGACAUCCUCCUCUGAUGGGCGAAUUAUUUCUGUAAGAUACCACACCAAGCAACAUUAACCAUGGGCUUCCGAUCAAUGAGCAAGGAAAUCAUUUUCUACUUCUUUUUUAUUUUGUUUUUUUGUAGCAAGUCCCAUCGUCACGUGAUUUGUGUGUGCACGUGUAAUUGACAGAGAAGCUCAUGGAGAGGGAGAGAGGAACGAUAGGGCGAGACGCGAGUGGAGGCACUCGAGGCAAACCGAACUCGUUUUGGCGACCGACGGGGCCCUUCGGGUGUAACUGUCCUCGCCCGAGGUCCCUCUGACGCCCAUAAUGCCGUUUAAAAAUGUAAUAAAUAGUCAUUAAUGAAACUAGAAUAAUUUCAACACAAAGAGAGAGCAGAUAAGAUAUGGGCAAGACUAUCCCGGAAAUCAUAUCUACACGCAGCCGGUCACGUACUGUAUGUUUGUUCCCUGUCACAGAGGUAAGCUGUAACUUGCAUUUGCUUUGUGUGUGCGCAUUUACUGGAAAACACAUGCAAGCUGAAGAACAUGCCUCUAAGCACAGUUUAUUCUGAAGAAUAUUCCAAUCCACAGACGAGAAGAAAACAGAAAGGAGAGAAGGCUUGUCUCUUUAAAGAGAGACAUUGCCUGACAGAAAGACCGAGAGAAGUCUUUUAAAUAUGAAACUUUCUAGCACUGUAGUGCCGCUCUCCGCUCGUUGCGCUGCCAGUCGUGCUGCACACUCGCAUUUCAAAAGAGUAUUUAGCAGAAAAUGGGGAGCGGACGUGAGCUACGUGCGCAUCUAACACUAGACGAGAUGAAAUGGAGAGCUUUGAACACACGGACCUUAUAAACAAAAGCUCUUCGCACGGAUCAGAGAGCCGCUCUUCCUCGCAGCAGAAAAACGGUGACAGAGACCUCCUUGUCCGCGGCUCUGAUACACAGCCACGACCGAACAUGGGAUUGAACGCGCCAGGAGGAACCGCCACGGCGGCGGAGCUGCUCGUCGACCUGGCCUCUAAAACGACCGCCCCUGGAUUAGCAGUUAUUAAGAAACAAGUGAAGACAGGUCUACCACUUUACCACAGCAGUGUCCUGUCCCCUGCCGCCACCGCUAAAGGCAGCUGCCAUGGUGGUUUGGCGCAGACGCCUAACGGCUACGUGAACGGAGUGGCGGAGAUGCCGAGUGGCCUCACGCAACCCCUGAGCAGCGCGAGGGAAAAUGGGGACAGCCUCCUACACAACACAUUUGAGCCUUUGAUGAAACGAGGGAAGGCAGAGCUGUGUUUCAGGCAGCCACAGAACCAGCGAAGAAGAAGCAGGGAGAAUGAGGACUCGGAUCUGCUAGCAGCAGUCGGGUCUGGGGCUGUCAAUCGGGGGAUUCACAGACCUGGGGAGCUGCCAGUCGUCGACUGUAAGAGGCGACGGGUGGAGGACAACCAGCACAGAGCAGGUUCCAGAACGGCGAAGGAACCGGUGCCUCAAUCAGCCGUCGUCGAUGGCAACGGGCUUCUUGGCAACCCGCUGCCCGACAGCCACAGGCUUUACCACGGCAACCAAAAAGCAGUGGGCGGCUCAAGGCCCCCACCGGACUCCGCCCCUCCGGGACAGAAGACGUGCACGUCGCCGACGGAGGCCCCGCCCAUCCCGCCGCCGGCGCCCGGCUGGUCGCCGGAGCGCUUCGCCCAGCAGUACAUCGUGCCCUGCAUGAAGUACUACGGCAUCUGCCUGAAGGACGGCUUCCUGGGGCCGCGGCUGGGCGAGCAGGUGCUGGAGGAGGUGGAGACGCUCAACCAGAGCGGCAAGUUCCGGGACGGCCAGCUGGUCAGCCAGCGCGCCAUCCCGUCCAGCAACAUCCGCGGCGACCGGAUCGCCUGGGUGGAGGGGCGGGAGCCCGGCUGCGAGGGCAUCGGGGCGCUCAUGGCGCACAUCGACGAGGCCGUCAUGCACAGCAGCGUGAACGGCCAGCUGGGAGACUGCGUCAUCAACGGCCGCACCAAGGCCAUGGUUGCGUGUUACCCUGGCAACGGGACGGGCUACGUGCGCCAUGUGGACAACCCCAACGGGGACGGGCGCUGCAUCACCUGCAUCUACUACCUGAACAAGAACUGGGACGUGAAGGUUCACGGGGGCCUGCUGCAGAUCUACCCGGAGGGGCGGAGCGUGGUGGCCAACAUCGAGCCCGUCUUCGACCGCCUGCUCAUCUUCUGGUCGGACCGCCGGAACCCCCACGAGGUCAAGCCUGCCUUCGCCACGCGCUAUGCUAUCACGGUCUGGUACUUUGACGCCAAGGAGCGAGCUGAAGCCAAAGAGAAGUACCGAUUGGCAACCGGACAGAAAGGUGUUCAAGUGCCUGUCACUUCAAGCGGCAAGUGUUAACUGGCUGGAAGCGGUCAGUCCCAGGGGUGUGUUUCUUUGAACAUGUAUGUGCCUACCUGCGCUGCUAUUGGACGAGCUAAUGAGGGGAGCCACACAGAGGCCAGCCUGCUCCAUCCCACGCGGUCUCAGCGCAUUAAAGCCCCGCCUCCCCGUCCUGCUUGGCUCCCCCUCCAGGUCGGCCCAUGCAAGGGCGCUCCUGGCCACGUGAUUGAGUCAUAGAGGGGGGGAGGGCGGGGACUCUGGUGCCCCCCCCCCAUACAGUGGAAGGAACAGAAAGCUCCUCCCAUUUCAGCAAGGCCCAAUCCUGGACAUUGCACCCGAUGCUGUGGGUGGCUGCUGACGGCAGUGGGGGGGGGUGUGGUGACAUUGACUUGUACAUUUCAAUCUCAGCCUACCCCUCCAAGAUCCUCAAGAAAGACUCAAACGUCCUGCCCCUGGUAACCCGCUCCUACAUGUGCCAGGCUACGGACAUGGAGGAGCUGCUGUUUUUGGGCUGUCCACAGGGGGCGCCAUUGCGGAGUGACAUCCACCUGCCGAGCAGCGGUGCCGUGGUCCCUGAUCCUUUCACAGCAGAGGGACAUCCCAUUCGGGCCGUCGCUCAGGGGGAAGUGGACUUCGCUCACGACGGCUUCAUCUCCGCCUCUGAUUGGACGUUUGCGGCGGGGCCACUCCCUCCAGCCUGGUCAGCGGCGGCCGAGGAGCUGACGGCGGCUUCUGCGUCACAUGGUGUACACAGAUCCACGGCGCGAUACAAGAAGUGCUUUUCAAUCUUUUCAAAAAGUUUCUUUUGUCUUUUUUUUUUUCUUUGACUGCUAUGCUUGAGCUAGGUUACUAAACAGUGCGUUCUCCAAGGACUGUGCGCAGCCGCUUGGACGUUUUGCGUUCCGAAAGCGUGCGGGCUUUUUGGACGUAGCGAUGUUUACUCACACGCACAGGAGCACAGGCACUCGCGCUCGCUGACUGCUGAUGGGCGUGCGGGGUGGAGGGU